UCCGCGCGCCAUAUACGGCGAGGCGUCGCCGACUGCGAUCAAGACCGACCGCGCCGUUUCAUCGAUUACCUGUCGUUCACGGGACACCUGUAAUUUCGACGCGAGCUUUCUCCGGCCGGGGUGAGCGACGAACUUUGCCGGGAGUCACGAGAGAACGUCCGGGGCUUCAAGAUACGGGCUAGGAUCGCGGCAGCUUGGUUUUUCAGUUUCAAGUCUCUGAAGUCUGCUGAGAUGAUACCAGUGUACUUUGCGGCCGCCUUGUGCGGUCUCCUCGGACUCUGCGGCGAGCUUUCGGUCCACGGACAAGGAAACGUCGCGGCUGAUAAGGAAUCGAGCGCUCGGGCCAGGCCGGUCAAUCUUUUCAUCAUCAGCGACAAGGGCAACAAGGUGACAAACCCGAGUAUCGCGACCGCGCUGAACGCGAUCAAAGAAAAGCACCCGACGCACCUAGGCAAGGUCUGGACGAUCGAGGUGAACGAGACCAGCAUGAACGACACUCUGGACCAAAUCUGCACCACCUGGGACUCCGCCGUGAACAGCAACACAGUCCCGGACCUGGUCUUCGACGCGACAACGGCGGGUCUGGGGGCGAAGAUAUCGAACUCGUUCACCGCUGCCCUCGGGAUACCCACCCUCUCCGCUCAGUACGGUCAAGAAGGGGACUUGAUCUACUGGAGGAACCUGAGUCCCGACCAAAGUGGCUACCUGGUCCAGGUGAUGCCUCCGGGGGACCUGGUGCCGGAAGCCAUCCGGCAGCUGGCGAUCCAACUGAACAUAACGAACGCGGCGAUCCUCUACGACGAGAACUUCGUGAUGGACCACAAGUACAAGAGCCUGCUGCUGAACGUGCCGACCAGACACGUGAUCAACGAAGCCUCCCGGAAGCUGGCGGACAUAAAGAGACAGCUGCCUCGCUUGAGGGACCUGGACAUCGUCAACUACUUCAUCUUAGGGGACAUCAGCACGGUGAACUUGGCCCUGGAGGCGGCGGAAGCCUUGAACUUCACCGGCAGGAAGUACGGUUGGUUCCUGCUGACGCUGGAGAGCAAGGUUUGGCCCACGUGCCAAUGCAGUAACGUAACCGUCUUCUUCAUGAGGCCCGAAUCGGGGGACAAGGGCAAGCUUCUGGAGGCCAGCCUGCCGAAGCCUCUCAUCUCCUCGAGUUUCUACUACGACCUCGUUCACCUGGCCGUGAAGGCGAUGAAGCUGGCGCUGAACGACGGCGACUGGCCCGCCAGGCCGAAGCAGAUCACCUGCGACGAAUACAACAACACCAACACCCCAGAGAGGGGGCUGGACUUUCUGGCCAAGCUGAAAACUGCUUACGAGGACAUGACGCCCAGCUUCGCGGGCAUCCACUGGGGCACGAAGAACGGCGAGCACCGCGCUCGCUUCGAGAUGUCCAUUCACUUGGUGAACAUCGAGGACGGCGCUCUUUCCUCGACGACCGACAGCGGAGCCUGGAACGCGAGCAUCGGCUCGCCCUUGCAGGUGACGAGCGACGCGGUGAUGAACGCGUCGGCAGUGAAGAGCUACCGGGUGGUCACGGUGCUGCACCCGCCGUUCGUGAUGUUCAAUCAGAAGAAGAACGAGUACUACGGGUUCUGCAUCGACCUGCUGAACGAGAUCAGGGAAACGAUCGGGUUCCAGUACGAGAUCCGCGAGACCGAGGACAAGAUGUACGGGAACCUGAACUCCAGCGGCACCUGGAACGGCAUGAUGAACGAGCUGAUCAUGAAGCGAGCCGACAUCGCGCUCGGGUCGCUGUGGGUCACCGCCGAAAGAGAACGAGUGGUCGACUUCACUGUCCCUUACUACGAUCUGGUCGGCCUCUCCAUUCUGAUGCUGAAGACGAAGACGUCCACCUCGCUGUUCAAGUUCCUCACCGUGCUGGAGAACGAGGUCUGGUUCUGCAUACUGGCAGCCUACCUCUUCACGAGCGUGCUGCUGUGGAUCUUCGACCGCUGGUCGCCGUACAGCUACCAGAACAACAGGGAGAAGUACAAGCACGACGAGGAGAAAAGGGAGUUCAACUUGAGGGAGUGCUUCUGGUUCUGCAUGACAUCGCUGACCCCGCAAGGCGGCGGCGAGGCGCCGAAGAACCUGUCCGGCAGGCUGGUAGCCGCUACCUGGUGGCUGUUCGGAUUCAUCAUCAUCGCGUCCUACACCGCGAACCUGGCUGCGUUCUUGACCGUCUCCAGGUUGGAGAUACCCAUAGAGACUUUGGAGGAUCUCAGCAAACAGUACAAGAUCCAGUACGCGCCGAUCGUCAAUUCGCCGGCGUACGUCUACUUUCAUAGGAUGGCUGCUAUCGAGAUGAAGUUUUACAACAUUUGGAAAGACAUGAGCCUGAACGACAGCCUGUCGGAUGUGGAGAGGGCGGAUCUAGCGGUUUGGGACUACCCGGUCAGCGACAAGUACACGAAGAUGUUGCAAGCGAUGAAGGAAGCCGGCUUCCCGGCGUCGACCGAGGAAGCUCUGCGACGCGUCCGGCGCCUCGAUUCGAACAACGAGUUCGCUUACAUAGAGGACUCGACGACCAUCAAGUAUCUUACCAUGACGAACUGCGAUUUGGUUCAAGUGGGGGAGGAUUUCUCGAGGAAGCCGUACGCGAUCGCGGUGCAACAGGGGUCGCCGCUGAAGGAUCAGUUCAACAAUGCGAUCUUGAUACUGCUGAACAAAAGGAGAUUGGAGAAGCUGAAGGACAAAUGGUGGAAGAGGAACCCGGAGAGAAAGGACUGCGACGCGGAGAACAGCCAAAGCGACGGCAUCAGCAUCCACAACAUCGGGGGCGUCUUCGUGGUGAUCUUCCUGGGCAUCAUCUUCGCGUGCAUCACGCUGGCGUUCGAAUACUGGUACUACCGUCACCGCACGGACACCGUGAAGAUCGAUCGGGGCAGUCCGAUCAAAGGGAAAAUCACGAAAAUAAAGCCAAUCAAGUUCAACCUGCAGCCCGCGCCCACUCAUGGCUUUCAAGCGGCGCAAUUCAGGUCGAGAUUUUGAAGAGAUCUCGCUUUUCAAACAAAAAAAACAAGAAAUGAAAAGCAUCAACAGUCUGAUGAAAGACCGCGCAGCGAUGCAACAGAAUUUUAUACGUUCCGCAUGUAUCGCGAUUAUUUCGGAUGAAUUUUAUAAAGCCUAAGGGGUGGAAAAUAGAGAAAUCGACGAAUGAUCGA